UCUUUAAUGUUUUUGCACUCACAUGAGUUUCAGGGAGCCAGCCAAGAUGGGAGACAUCUUGGCAGCAGAAGCUGGUCUUCUUGGGAUGAUCAAAGAGUACCUUAAGUUUGAGGAAUUUGAAAAGACUAUUCAAAUUUUUGACAAGGAGUGCAAAAUGAAAGGCAAGCUUGUCUCAAAGCCAAAAGGAACUGCUCUCAGAGACUCCAAGGUUCAUGUCAUUCAGAAUGAUCUUCUAAGUUCUUUUGAUGAUGGAGACCACAAGGUGUUUUUUGAAGUGUGGACAGAGAAUAUUCCCUCUGAGGUAAAAGACACAGAUGCUGAGGUGCAAAACCUUGAGUUCUACCUUCAUAUCCACUUUACUAUCUACCCACUGAGGAGGCAUCCAAGUAGACAGGACCGCGCUGAGUUUGAGGAGAGGAUUUCCCUCUUCAAGCAGUACCUUGAAACUCGGGGAGCAGCACUCAGCCAGACCGCAGAGUUUCUGCCUUAUUAUGCCUUACCUUUUGUUCCCAACCCCACUGUUCACCCCUCCUUCAAAGAUCUCUUUCAGGAUUCCUGGACACCACAGUUGAAAUGUAAGCUGGAGAAGUUCCUGUCGGUCACACUAAAAUCAUCCAAGACUCCAAGCCUGCUGACUUUAUAUAAGGAGGGUGGAAGAAAUAUGAAAGAGGAAAUGCAGCAGUUCCAACUUCAACUUGCUGAAUCUGAACGACGCAUCAGCAGCUACGUACGAACGUUUAACAAGAUGCAAGCCAACUACCACAACCUUAUUGGAAUCACUGCGGAACUGGUUGAUGCUUUGGAGGCCACUGUCAGUGGAAAAAUGAUCGCCCCUGAGUACUUGCAGAGUGUGUAUGUUCGCCUGUUCAGCAGCCAAAUGAGACAAAGUGCGGUGCAAAGCACUGAUUUCACCAGGCCUGGCACAGCCUCCUCUAUGCUACGAGCAUCCAUUGUACCACAGACAUUGAAGGAAGUGCCAAUGUUGCCCUCAUUAGACUAUGAGAAGCUGAAGAAAGACUUAGCUGAAGGCUCAGACAGGCUCAAGUGUCUCCUGCUGCAGGCGCUGCGCUGGAGACUUACUCGCUCACUCCCCGGUGAGCAGAGAGACACUGUCCUUCAGGCCUACAUCAGCAAUGAUCUGUUGGAAUGCUACAGUACAAAGAAGAAAACUGUGCUUCAUUUGAUGAGAUCAACAAAUGAGGUUGUUCGUCAGUACCUGGCUCGUCUUAUCAAUGCAUUUGCUUCCCUUGCGGAGGGCCGAGCUUACCUCUCCCAAAUUCCUCUUCUACUGAAACUUCUGACCGAGGCACUAAGGAAUGAGGAGAAGGACUCCCUGAUUAGAGAAAAUGUACUGGUGGCUCUGCAGAAACUCAGCCUUAGGAGGAGCCAACAGACGGCCAUGAUCACAGAUGAUCUAAUUGGCUGGCUUGUUGAUGAACUGCAGGACUCAGACUGCCUCAGUGACUACACCCUGGAGUACUCUGCAGCUCUGCUUAUGAACUUGUGUCUGCGAACUAAAGGAAAAAGGAAGUGUGCAGAGACUGCCAAGCAUGUGCUAAAAGUUCUGACUGACCUCCUUGGACAUGAGAACCACGAGAUUCGACCAUAUGUGAACGGAGCCCUGUACAGUAUCCUGUGUGUUCCCGCAGUGCGACAGGAAGCCAAAGAAAUGAGCAUAGAGGAGAUUCUUCGCUGUUACAACAAAGAAGAAAACCCAGACCUCAACAGACAGAUUGAGUUCAUCAUCAAACAACUAAACUCUGGUGAGGAGGAGGGACCAGAGUCAGACGAUGAAGAAGAAGAGGAUGAUAAUGACGAAGAUUUAAUGGAAAUGGACCUUGAUAAAGAGGAAGUUCUUCUACCGCAGCAGAGGGAACUAUCUGGGGAGACUCUGCUCACCACUGAAUAUCUUGGUAUUAUGACCAACAUGCCAAAAGUGAAAAGGAAGUCAACCCCUCUGUCGCAGCCAAAUAUUGACGAGCCCUUACAGCGGCCUGUCACCCCUAGUUCUCACCGAAACACGAGCACAGGUGAUAAUCGAGUCAGCAGUCAGGGUCAUGAGAGCAGCCGAAACAGGGAUUACCUUCUGAGCCAACAGAAGAGUGAGGAGGGAAGUCUAAUUCCAUCUCGAUACAACUCACGACCUCCUACACGCUCCGGCAGCCGCCCCAGCACUGUUGAUUCUCUGCACCACAGCCUUGACUCGGAAUGUGGACGGUUUUUCCACGAUUCGGAGUUGGACGGGUCGUAUGACGAUAGAGCCAGAAAAGAACGUUCCCAGGAGGAACACAAUGGGCAUUCCAUCAGCGAUAGUGAUUACAUCGCCGCAUUUGCAAGCAGACCCAAGAUUCCCCACACGCCUGACACCACAGACAGACAGAACAGCUCUCACCACGAUCGGGGCCUCGUCCUGGCUCCCCAGUUUUCACAGUCGGAGCCACAGCAGAGCAGUCGGCCCGGCUCUGCCCGCUCCACAGGAGGAAUGGGAAGUGGAGCCAAGCAGCCCAAGAGAAGGUGAAGAGGGAGCUGUCACCAUGGGGGAAGCACUAUCUCCCCAGGAGCGUCAGACUUCCUGUAACCUCAUCCCCCCCUGGGUUGUGAUCAGGGUCAGGCCAGCAGAGACGGUUAAGGAUCAGCUGCAGCAGCAAGAAGAAGAGGAGUGGGUGGAACAAUGUUCAGAUUGUGGCUCUGCAUUUUUCCCCGUUUUGACUUCAGCACACACUCAUUUGGUAAUAUAAUACAA